AUGUGGGAACUAAAACUCCUCUCGUGCCUCUUUGCGGCCUCGCUCGCGCAAAGGCCCGGGACCGUGACCGGGUCGGUGUGUCCGGAGCUGUGUGACCGCUCCCGCUGCCCGCCCGCGCCGGACUCGUGCUACUUCGGCGUGGUCAAGGACGCGUGCCGCUGCUGCACCGUGUGCGCGGCCAGCGAGGGCGAUCCGUGCGGACUGCGGGGACGCGCGCGCUGCGGCGAGGGCCUGCGCUGUGACCGCGCGCCGGCGGCCGCGGGAGAGCGCGCGCGCAAAUGCGUGUGCGUGUCUGCAGGCCCGGUGUGCGGGAGCGACGGGCGCACUUACCCGAGCGUGUGCCGCCUCCGAGCGGAGAACCGGAGAGCGGAGCGGAGCCGCGCGCCCGCCAUCAUUACCGUCCAGAAGGGCGCGUGCGAGUCCGGUUCUCAGAACCCCAGCAGCAUGCGCUACAAGUUUAACUUCAUAGCAGACGUGGUGGACAAGAUCGCCCCCGCCGUGGUUCACCUGGAGCUCUUCAAAAGACUCCCGUUUGCCAGUCAGGAGGUCCCGGUGUCCACCGGCUCUGGGUUCAUAGUGUCAGAGGACGGCUGGAUCGUCACCAACGCUCACGUGCUGUCCAACAAGCAGCGGAUUAAAGUGGAGCUGAAGAACGGCGUCCGUCACGAGGCCGCCAUCGUAGACGUGGAUCAGAAGCUGGACAUCGCUCUGAUCAAGAUAGAGUCUGAGGAGGCUCUGCCCAUCCUGUCACUGGGCCGCUCCUCGGACCUGAGGCCGGGCGAGUUCGUGGUGGCCGUGGGAAGCCCGUUCUCGCUGCAGAACACCGUCACCACGGGCAUCAUCAGCACCACGCACCGCGGCGGGCGCGAGCUCGGCCUCCACAACUCCGACAUGGAGUACAUCCAGACGGACGCCAUCAUCAACUAUGGAAACUCGGGAGGGCCGCUGGUGAACUUGGACGGGGACGUCAUCGGCAUAAACACGCUGAAGGUCACGCCGGGAAUAUCAUUUGCGAUUCCGUCCGACCGGAUACGCCAGUUCCUGGCCGACUCCUACGAGAGACAAAGGAAAGGGAACGUCCGGCCCAAGAAGCGGUACAUCGGAGUGAGGAUGUUACAGCUGACACCCACCUUGAUCAGGGAUCUAAGAGAGCGUGAGAGCAAUUUCCCAGAAGUCAGUUCAGGAGUUUACGUCUACGAGGUGAUCCCUGGAUCAGCCGCCUCCAGCGCUGGCAUGAAGAAACACGACGUCAUAAUCAGCAUCAACGGCAAGCUGGUCCAGACCACGGAGGACGUGAGCCACGCGGUGCAAUCGGCCGAGUCGCUCCUCGUAGCCGUGCAGCGCGCUAACGAAAAUGUCACGCUGACGAUCGUUUCCGACGAACUGUAGCCACGGCGAUGGACCGAAAGCCCACUUCUGUUCUAACGAGACUCACUGAUCUUGUCGGAGCUAUUAACACAGCGUUAUUACAGUAUUAUUCCUGGUUACUAAGACAUAAUAACAUGCUAGCGAGCAAACGUGUUCGAACAUGCUAGCAAGCAUCAAGUCUGUUUGCAAAUUUAACCACCACGUGACUAAUGGAAUGUAUAUAGCAUGAGUUUAUAUACGCUUAGUGACCUGUAUUAGGUCAGGUUUAGCUGAAAGUACAGCACAAGCUAGCAAGCCGCUAAUUAGCAGAUUAGCUAUCAGGCUAUUAUUGUGUGCUUCCCAGUGUUGUGCCUAUUCUUGUGAUAUAAAAUGCUUCGAAAGUAGAACCUAGAAGUUCAAAGUUCUAUAUAUCGGUUAAAUUAGCGCUUUUUGCUACGUGUAAAUGUAAGUAUUUCUGAGUAUUUUUUUUAGCAAUUUCUCAUCAUAUCUGAGGUAAAUGUUAA